AUGGUGUUGGGCCCCACCUCUCUGGUGCUGGGGUAUGGGCUGGCACGCAUUGGCGCAUCUUUUUGCAGCGAAGCCCGGAAUGCUGUCUUUGCCUCGGUUGCGCAGUCGACCAUCCGCAAUGUGGCGGUCCGCACCUUUGCUCACCUGCACAACCUGGACCUGGCGUUCCAUCUUUCCAGACAGACGGGGGCUGUGUCGCGUGUGAUCGAUCGAGGCUCCCGAGGCAUCAAUUUUGUGCUCAGCUCCAUGGUCUUCAAUCUAGUGCCAACGGCACUGGAGGUGGCCCUGGUGGCAGGGGUCCUGGCCUACAAGUGCGGCCCGGCCUUUGCUGCGCUCACAGGGGUGACGAUAGCCUUGUACACCGCCUUUACCUUUGCGAUCACACAGGCACGGGGCAAGGAUUGGCGCACCCAGUUCAGGCGGCAGAUGAACAGGGCAGAGUCCCAGGCCAGCAGCCGAGCUGUGGACUCCUUGAUCAACUACGAGACCGUCAAGUACUUUGAUGCCGAGGAGCAUGAGAAGCGGAGAUACGACGAGUGCAUGGCGUCCUACCAACACGCAGCCGUGGAGACGCAGCAGUCACUGUCCUUUCUCAACUUUGGUCAGAGCGCCAUCUUCUCCACCUCCCUAGCGGUGGCCAUGCUCCUAUCAGCCCAGGGCGUGGCUGCGGGGACGCUCACCGUGGGUGACAUGGUCAUGGUCAACGGACUCCUCCUCCAGCUGUCCAUGCCUCUCAACUUCCUGGGCAGUGUGUAUCGCGAGACCAAGCAGUCCUUCAUCGACAUGGGGGCCAUGUUUGCACUGCUCCAGGAGCAGACAGCCAUCAAGGACAGGGCAGGCGCGAUCGACCUGCCAGAGGAACCCAGUGGCUACGAUCUCACCUUUGAGAAUGUCUCCUUUGGCUACCGCCCGGAUCAGCCCAUCCUGCAGGCAAGGGAUCGAGCGAUGCUGUACUGUGCUGACAUCUCGUUGACGGUACCGGCAGGGACCAGCGUCGCGCUGGUGGGCACUUCGGGUUCAGGCAAGUCCACGCUGCUCCGCCUGCUCUACCGCUUCUACGAUGCGCAGGGCGGGACGGUGCGGGUGGGCGGCCACGACAUCAAGGACCUGCGCCUGGCGAGCCUGAGGAGGCGCCUGGGCGCCGUUCCCCAGGACCUGGUGCUCUUCAACGACACCGUGCGGUACAACAUCGCGUACGGCAAGCUGGGCGCCAGCGAGAGCCAGGUGGAGCAGGCGGCGCGGAAGGCCGCCAUACACGACCGCAUCCUCUCCUUCCCGGACGGCUACGACACCGAGGUCGGGGAGCGGGGCCUGAAGCUGAGCGGCGGAGAGAAGCAGCGCGUCGCCCUCGCCCGCGCUUUCCUCAAGGACCCCCCCGUCCUGUUGUGCGACGAGGCCACGUCCGCCCUGGACUCCACCACGGAGAAGGAGAUCCUGGGCAGCCUCUUUGCGCUGGCGCGGGGCAGGACCACCCUCCUCGUGGCCCACCGGCUCUCCACGGCCGCCCAGUGCGACAAGAUCGUGGUCCUGGAGCAGGGGCGGGUGGUAGAGCAGGGCUCGCACGCCCAGCUGCUGGCUGCGGGUGGGCGGUACGCGGAGCUCUGGUCCCGCCAGCAGGCAACUGCGGACGGAGCUGGGGAAGGAGUCCCCGAGGAGCUGGAAGGAGCGAUGCCGCUGAUGCCUGCCUGA